CUAUGCUGUGUUGACACAGUGACGACUAAUGUUGGGAUUCACACACAACCUUGCAGAUCACGAAUAUAGCCCUGAGAAUUCCUUAAAUACUUGUGAAGAAUAACCAGGAGCUAUCCUUGUCUAUGCUUUCUCUGUAUUCCUGUAGUGUUUAGGACCAAAGAAAUACACUGUUAAUAGGUUUUGGGAAGAAGAGAAGGAUGUGCAUUUUCUUUUUAACAUACGACAUGUAAGCAGUUGAGACUCAACAUAAAAGGCGGCGGAUGGACGGAGAUCCAGUCUUUAUGCCCUACUUGGAAAGAAUCUAUCCUGGCAAAGAGAAUGAUCUACAGCAGCAAAGCAGUCACAUGGCAGCUCUUCUAUUGAACACCAAGGAAAAAGGGCCUCCUUCACAAGCUCACACAUUAAGAGAAUUUGAAAAGCAUCUCAAUGACCUCAAGAAAGAAAAUUUCAGCCUAAAACUGCGGAUCUACUUCCUGGAAGAACGGAUUCAGCAAAAGUAUGAGGAGAACAGUGAUAAUGUUUACAAAAGAAAUAUUGAGCUCAAAGUUGAAGUAGAGAGUCUGAAACAAGAACUUCAAGAGAAGCAGCAGCUCUUGGAUAAAGCCUGUUCUGCUGCUGAAAAUCCCACAAGCUACAAUGAAGUUGAACUCAGGCAACAGUUUGAACAAAAGCAAGUGGAGACAGAACAUGUUCAGGAACUUCUGAAGAACAAGAUUCAGGUUUUGCUAGAGGAAGCCAGGCUCUCAAAGAAUGAAGCAGAUCGGUUGUCAGCCUUAGUUGAAGCAGAGAAGGAAAAUUGCAUGGAGCUAAAAAAAACAAUAAAAGAAUACUCCAUGGAAAUGACAGAGGCUAGGCUCCUCCAGAAGAAUUACUGUGCCACAUUGACUGAAAAAGACAAGAUGAUCCAACAGUUGGCACUGGUCUUAGACAGCAAAGACUCUCUUAUAAACCAACAAAAAGAGGAGAACAAGAAUCUUGUUACAAGUCUCGAGCAAACCAUACAUGAUCUGAAAUUCUCCUUACAGAACAAAGAAUGUGAACUGAAGAUGCUUCAGGAAAAUCUGCAUCAAGUGUCUUCAGAGUUGAACAUCGCACAAGAACUUUCUCACAAACAGAGCAUUAUCCAUACAUUAAAAGAAACUCUGCAGGAUAGGGACAAUGAGGUUGCAGAAUUGUACCAUAGAGUCGAUGACCUUAAUGGUACCAUUGCCAAACUUGAGGAAAUGCUACAUAGAAAACAAGCUGAAAAUCUACAGGCUUCUACUGUAACUUCAUCCCAGCUCCAGCUGCUGGAUCUUCAGAACACACUCUUUUGCACCAAAAGUGAGCUACAAAAGCUGCAGCAGACUCUCCGCCAGAAAGAGCAACAACUGAAUAAUGCUAAACGGUCCCAACUGCUGUUAGAGGCCGAUCUGGUAGAGGGGCAGCAGCAGAAGGAGACGACAUGGAAGCACAAUCAGGAGCUGCAUGAAGCACUUCACAAGCUACAGGGUGAACUAGAUGAGAAGACACUACAACUUAAAAAUAUUGAAGAAGAAAAAUGCACAAAAUUGCAAGCUCAGGAGCACAAUAUUCAACAUUUGAACCAAACUCUGUCCCAGAACAAACAACUAAUUCAAGAGUACAUGGACCUCUUAGAAUACCAGCAAAGUUUAUACAAGUGUGCAGGGGACAAUGAGCAUUUGGUGGAGAAAUUACAUCAGAGAAUUAAGGACAGAGAUGCAGCCUUGCAGUAUGCAAUUGAUGAUAAAUUCUGUGCUCUGGAGGAAAAGGAAAAGGAAAUGCAACAGUUAAAAACAUUUGGACGAGACAAAGAACGAGACUUGGAGCAACUGCAAAGUAUUGUUUCUGCUAAUGAAGAAACCAUAAUUAGCCUUGAUAAUCUUGUAAAGGCUAAGGACAUGGAACUGGAGCAGAUUGCAGCUGCUUGCAGGAAUCUUCAGUGGUUGCUGCAAAAAACAGAAGAGAUAAACAGGCACUUUCUGAAUGAAAAAGAUAGCAUUGUGCAACAGUUGCAGAGUGCUCUAGAAGAGCGCAGCAAAGAGAUGGAGGGCAUGACAGCAUGUUUUCUAAGAAGUCCUGCACUUCGCAGUGGAGAGCUGAUAGAAGAGUUAAAAGUCUGUAUGGAGAUGAAAGAGAAAUUGCUUCAGAGCUCUCUGCAUUCCUUAAGCCAACAAGCUGAUGAACACAAGAGAGAGAUCCAGGAGCUCUUGGAUACUAUUGCAUCAGAGAAGAUGGAUCAGGCUAUCAUUUGUAGGAACUGUAAACUUAAAGAACAGCAAAAUUUAGAAGGGAAUCUGCCUCAUCAAUUGGUUCAGUCUGGUGUUCUCUGUGGUGAUCUAACUUCCAUGUGUAUUAGACAUGAGUCUGGAGAUCUUAAAGAAGCUGCUGAAGAAAAUGAAAAAGCAGUAACUGCAGAAAAAAAUGUACUAGCCAAAGCUAAGGAGGAUCUUCAAUUCUUUUUAAGAAAAGAAAAAGAAUACCAGCAUGAAUUGUCAGCAUUGAGAUGUGUGAUCAUGAAGCAAAGUGAACAGUUACAGGAGCAGUCAGCAGACAUGGAUGCUUUGACUAGAAGCGUGCAGAUAAAAGAAGAUCUGAUUAAGGAUCUACAAGUACAGUUGGUUGACCCAGAAGAAAUGCCAACUGUGGAACGACUGACCCAGGAAGUCUUGGUACUCAAGGAAAAAUUAGCUUCAAUGGAGAUGGAUAGCCAAAAGUGUAGUGGACAAUGUGUCCAGGAGUUAUUGGAGGGAUUUGAUGAAGACAGAAGCAGGCUUAAGCAAGCAUUAGAGACAGAGAAACAGUUGCACAGCAAUCUAAUACAAUUCCAUCAAGUACCCAGAAGUUCAGAGCUUGAGGCCGAGCUGCAGACUGCACAUGCACUGAGAACUCAGCUGGAAGACACCCUGGAAAAGGCAGUAGAGCGACUGGCUCGGUUGGAUUCGAAGAACAGGGUGUCGGCCAUCAGUUAUGGAGGUUUAAUGGAAGAUAUGAGAGAAGAGGAUUUCAGCUUUCAUCCCUCUGAUAGCUUUGGGAAUGAAACAAAUGCUCCCAGUAAUUUGUCCUGUACAGGUAACGAGAAUAAGAGAGAGUUCUCCCAGGAGGCCAAGGAUAAGUCAACCACACAAGAAGAACUAUUCAUUCUUAAAAUCGAACCUGAACAUGCAGAAGUGCACUCAGCUGUUGAUAUCAGAACCUUUCUAGAUGAUUCAUGUCUAAUAAAUGAAAAACUGAAAAAUGAAAGUGCAAUAUUGGGGCAAAGAGAAGAUGAAAAGAUGGAAGAUGAUAUAUGGUCAGUGGAAGAAGAUUUAAAGCAGGAGAUUAUAAGGCUACAAGGAAAGAUGGCCAAGGCUGAAACAGUGAUUAAACAUCUUAAGGCGCAACUCGAGCUGAAUUAUAGAAACAGAGAAGAAGGUUUCAACCCAGAUCUUAUUGUUAAUAUGGUUAAAGAAAUUGAGCACCUCCAGAUGAAAAAAACUUCAGCUAAAAGUACAUUUUCUGUUUUGGUACAAAUGACAGGAAAUGAAACAUCAAAUAUGCAUUGUAGUAAGGAACUGUCAUUGGAUGCUGGAGAUAUUACAAACCCCAUUACUUAUAUGGCUCCUCAGUCAGUAUUAUUGGUAAGUAAGACGUGUCUGUGCAUUCAGAGUUUAGCCAGUUAACGGUAUAUUGGGUAA